AUGGCUGGCGAGCACAGGCUCUUGCUGGACAACGCCCAACAGCUGGUACUCAUCUGCACCAAAGGCGAGAAGUACCUGCUGCAGGCGGGCAUGCAAAACCUGGCCGUGCUGGACAACGCCAGCGUGGUGAUCGGCAAAGAUGGCUGUGUAAAAGCUGUAGGCCAUGCAGAUGCUAUUCGCCGGCAAUUUUCAGAAGCAUCAUUUGAAAAAAUUAUUGACUGUUCUGGGAAAUGCAUAUUGCCAGGUUUGGUAGACGCACAUACCCAUCCAGUGUGGGCUGGUGACAGGGUUCAUGAGUUUGCAAUGAAGCUGGCAGGUGCUUCCUACAUGGAUAUUCACCAAGCUGGAGGGGGAAUACAUUUUACUGUGGAACACACCCAGAAAGCCUCAGAAGAGGAGCUGUUCAAUACUUUCAGACACCGACUGCUGCGUAUGCUCAGAGCAGGAACCACUUUGGUCGAAUGCAAGAGUGGAUAUGGUUUAAACCUAGAAACCGAGCUUAAAAUGCUCAGGGUGAUUGAACAGGCUAGACAGUUACUGGAUAGCAACAUUUCCUCUACGUACUGUGGAGCUCAUUCUGUGCCUAAAGGGAAAAAUGCUACUGAAGUCACAGAUGACAUUAUCAAUAACCAUCUCCCUAAACUGAAGGAGCUGAACCUAAACGGUGAAAUACAUGUUAAUAACAUAGAUGUGUUUUGUGAGAAAGGUGUCUUUGAUCUCAAUUGUACCAGAAGAAUUCUUCAGGCUGGAAAAGAGAUAGGGUUACAGAUUAACUUCCAUGGUGAUGAACUCCAUCCAAUGAAAUCUGCAGAGCUCGGAGCUGAACUAGGAGCCCAGGCUAUAAGUCACCUGGAAGAAAUUAGCGAUGAAGGCAUCGCUGCAAUGGCAAAUGCAAAGUGCGCGGCUGUCCUUUUACCAACCACUGCCUACAUGCUGAGACUGAAGCAACCUCAAGCUAGGAAAAUGCUAAAAGAAGGGGUUAUAGUUGCUCUUGGCAGUGAUUUUAACCCUAAUGCAUACUGUUAUUCAAUGCCCAUCGUAAUGCACUUGGCCUGUGUAAACAUGAAAAUGUCAAUGAAAGAGGCUUUAGCAGCUGCCACCAUUAAUGCAGCUUAUGCUCUUGGAAGAUCCCAUAUGCAUGGCUCCAUAGAGAAUGGCAAACAGGGAGAUCUCAUUAUCAUUAAUUCAUCAAGAUGGGAGCACUUGAUUUACCAGUUUGGGGGACAUCAAGAAUUGAUUGAGUAUGUUAUUGUUAAAGGAAAAGUUAUCUACAAAAAUGAAAGAGUUAUGGGCUACUAA